AUGCGACCAUUUAUCAUAAUUUUUGCCAUCGCUGUAACAGGAGCUUAUUCACAGAGCUACAAUUAUCCACCACCUUCGCAACCAAUAGGAUUGGGCAACUCACCCCAUGGAUCCAUCGCAGAUUUGCCACUAAGUUCAGGUUACAACUAUCCAUCCCCAGGUGGUUCAGCCUCUCAAGGUAUAAGAUCAUCUCUACCCGCACCUUCAAGUAGUUACGACAGCUCACCAUUCGGUAGUUCUCCAUCAGGAAGUUCUUUAUUCGGUGGUUCGCAAGGCUACAACUACCAACCUCCUGCAUCAGCUUCAGGUGGCUUCCAAUCAACUGGACCAUCUGGCGGUUUUGAUAGUUCUUCUUUCGGUAGUUCUCCACAAGGAUCCUCUUUUAACGGUGGCAAUUCUUUGGGCGGAUACAAUUAUGAUUCUCCUGGGUUCGCUUCAAAUGGCGCAUCUUCUUUUUUACCCAGACCACAUGACCUUUCUUCAGCUGGUAGCUUCCCAGCGCAAAAUUUCAACCACGGACAGAGCGUAGCUCCUUCUCUUGAUUACGGUGCACCUUCUGGAUCGCACUCUCAUCCGCACCACAACAACGCUCCAUUUCCAAGCGAACAAGUCAAUAAACACGUUUACGUUUACGUUGCUCCUCAAGAUCCUCAAGAAGCAGCUAGCAAGCAAGUUUUCGUACCAUCGCCUGUAGUCAACCAUAAGAUUAUCUUCAUCAAGGCACCACAACAAGCUCAAGUCAAGAGUCAAGUCAUUCCUCUUCCACCAAAAACCGAAGAGAAGACAUUGGUUUAUGUAUUGGUUAAGAAACCAGAGGAGCAACAAAUUGAUGUUCAACCGCUACCACAAAGAGCAGCUUCUAAACCAGAGGUAUACUUCAUCAAGUACAAUACCAAAAAGGACGGUGGUGAUAAUGGUGGCCUGCCAAGUGGUGUACAACCUCAUCCCGGUUUACCUAUUGUAGAAGAUGUAAGACAUGGAGGGCAAGAUCCUAGCACUAGUCAAUCAAUAAAUCAGGGUUCCCCAAUCUAUGGACCUCCUCAUUAAUGAAUGAAUGUGACGUGUAAUUUUACUGGACUGUCUAAAAUACUACUGUAUAUUCUGUAUAUAUUAUUAUAUUUAUAUCGUUG